UUUGUGUUUUAAACCAUAAAAACUAAAAGCACUCUCUUUAUUUUCACACACAAAAAUAACGCUACUAUGUGUCCAACCGGAACUUCCCUUUGGCAGGCGAGGAAUAUCUCUAACCUACGAUCUGCAUUUGAGGUGCUCGACACCGAUCAUGACGGAAAGAUCAGCCGUGAAGAUCUGAAAACAUCUUAUGCAGACGCCGACGACGAGGUCAUCGCCACCAUGAUGACGGUGGCCGAUUCUAACAAGGACGGUUACGUUGAGUACGAUGAGUUCGAGAAAGUAUUGAGAAGUGAUAACAGCGGUAGCGGCGGCGUGAUGGCGGAUGUGUUUAAGACCAUGGACAGAGACGGUGACGGAAAGGUAGGGUAUGGAGAUCUUACGAGUUAUCUCAGUUCGGCCGGAUUUGAUGUUAAUGACGAUGAAAUCAACUCGAUGCUUGGAUUGGGCGCCGUAGACGGUGGUGCCGACGGUAUCACAUUCGACGAAUUUCUCAAGAUAUUGGCAGUUUGAUAAAGAUGUCGAUAGCGAUGCGAACAAAAAUAUAGGUCUCUGUGCUUAUCGGUUUGUUGUAUUUCUCUGCAGUAAGACUGAAAUCAUUAAUUGAAAUUGAAGUUUCUUCA